UAUGUAUAUGUUUUUCAUUUUUAAUAUUUUCAUGUAAGUGUGGAAAAAGGGCCAUUACGCAACACAUGUUAAUUAAAAGGGUUGAUGUGACUCGGGUGGUUGACCGUGUUCAUUUUUAAUGCACCGAAUCCGCGCGUGAUGGCGCCACCACUUGUUUACUCCACUUGACAGAUGAGGUUAUGUUGUGCGCAGCUGAUAUAAAAACAACCGAGAUUUCACCCUAAAUUCUAAUAAAAAAAUGGAUCCUGAAGAACCGUCUCCAGUUGUCUCAGAUCUCUAUUUUCUUAUGCACAAGUUUCUAUCAGGAGGGCCCCUCUCGAAAACCUUACAAGUUUUUCACGAAGAAUUAGUUGAACACAAUUUGCUACCAAAACGUACUGAUUGGUUAGGACUGGAACAUGAACGCACGGUGGAAGACCUAGAUCACCAGUACCCCAGCGUCAGGCCCGAUUAUCUACUGCAGUUGUGUUGUCGGGCCGGUGUUGCAGCCUCAUCAAUUUCUAAGGGACCAGAAAAAGUGAAUACUCUUUUUCGUUUGAAAAAAAGUGCCACGAACAGUAGUCAUGUCGAGUAUAAUUUUAAACAGUGGUGUAAUUAUGUGAGAAGGCGACACCUUAUUCCAGUUUGUAGUAGCACGCACGUUGCGAGUAAUAUAGUUAAUAUUUUAAGAGGACGCGAAGUAUCCGGGCCGGUGCACAGACGAUGGAUUGUGUCACCGAAAUUGUACAGUUCGUUACAUUUCCAGAGGCGGACUUUGGGGCAUUUGUCCGCCGUGUAUUGCCUGUUGUUCGACUACUCAGGACAGUACAUAAUCACAGGUGCCGACGACCUCCUCAUCAAGCUCUGGUCCUCCCGCACCGGCCGCCUCAUGGCCACGUUCCGUGGAGCCUCGUCCGAAAUCACCGACAUCGCCAUCAACCUCGAGAACACCCUCCUCGCCGCUGGCUCCAUCGAUCGAAUCCUGCGGAUCUGGGACCUCCAGACCGGCACCCCCGUCGCCGUGUUGACCGGCCACACCGGCAUGAUCACCUCCGUCAACUUCUGCCCUUCCCCGUCGUGGAACUUCCAGUACCUGAUAACGACGAGUACAGACGGCUCGGUCGCCUUCUGGGCCUACAGCUACGACUCGGGGGGGAAAGUGAAUUUUCGGGCCAAGCCCACCAUGUACCAGGAGAAGAUGCGGCCGGGCCAGGCGCAGAUGAUCUGCUCGUCGUUUAGUCCAGGGGGGACGUUCCUGGCGACGGGGUCGGCGGACCACCACGUCAGGGUGUACUACAUGAAGGGAGACGAGGGGCCGCACCGGAUACUGGAGACGGAGGCGCACAACGAUAGGGUGGACUCGAUUCAGUGGGCGCACGAGGGGCUGCGGUUCAUGUCGGGGAGCAAGGACGGGACGGCGAUCAUUUGGAGCUUUGAGUCGCAGCAGUGGAAGACGAUGUACUUACACAUGACGACGGCGACGGCGGGGGCGAAGGCGAGCACCUCGAACGCCAAGAAACCAGCAGAGGAGUCCAAGAAGCUGAAGGUGACUAUGGUUACGUGGGACCGCUCCGACAACUGGGCCAUCACCGCCGUGAGCGACUACUCCCUCAAGACCUGGAACACCCGCACCGGCCAGCUCGACAAGGUCCUCACCGGCCACACCGACGAGGUCUACGUCCUCGAGUGCCACCCCCACGACCGUCACGUGAUCCUCUCUGCCGGCCACGACGGCCAACUCUUCAUCUGGGACCUCACCAAAGGCGAAAUCAUCUCCCGUUUCAACAACACCAUCGAGAACCAGGGCUACGGCGCUAUCUUCGACGUGAAGUGGGCGCCCGACGGUAACGUAGUCGCCGCCUCCGACUCCCACGGCCACCUGCUGAUCUUCGGCUUCGGCACCGGCAACAAGCUCCUGGAGCAGUUGCAGCUGCCCAAGGAGCUGUUCUUCCACACGGACUACCGCCCCUUGGUGCGCGACGCCAACAACUACGUGCUCGACGAGCAGACGCAGAUACCGCCGCACCUGAUGCCGCCGCCGUUCCUGGUGGACAUCGACGGGAACCCGUAUCCACCCAUGCUCCAGAGGCUGGUACCGGGGAGGGAGCACUGCAAGACGGAGCAACUGGUACCGAGUAUAGUUUUAGGGAGCGAAGGUAAUCAGGAGGUGAUUCAAGUGGUGGCGGAGGAGGGGGCACGAUUCGAGAACCACAGGAACGAGGGGCACGAGGAGGGGAGGAGUAACGCGUUUUUGCAGAGGUCGACGAGCCGCAGGGAUAGGGAGGGGAUACGUCAAAGCACUGGGGAUUGGCAGAGCGAUCCUAACAUGAAGUGGAAGAAGCACGUUUUGGUACCCCCUUUGAAGGACAUCGACAUUAAAAGAAUAAGGGAGGAUGUCGAAAUUAUGGAGAAUCUGGAAAUGCAGGAAUACCGUAGACAGCUCUGCCAGCGCCCUCACAUGAUCAGCAUCACCACGAACAACGAAUCGGCCAAAUCGAGCGACAAAAAGAAGGGCAACGCUUUGUACGAAACCCGGCUAGCAAAACAGAGACUCCUGAAACCGACGGUGAUCCUAUCAAGCGAAAGCUCGUCUGAAAGCGAGUACUCCGACUCGACUGGGUACUCCGACUGGGUGGCCGAAGAAGACGUCAAUGAAGAUGUCAACGUGGAAUCGCCGAAACGUACGCGUCGAAGACAAGUCAACUACAACUCGGAGUCGGAGGGCGGGAAAAGCGAGUCGCGCGAAGCCAGCCCAGAGAAACCACCCCCAAAGGAGCCCUCCAAGGUAACCACCAACCACGUGACAAAAGAACCCCUCGCCGAAAUGUACCGAACGAGCGAGUGGUUGACGGAAGUGAGGGCGAGGAAGACGCCGUACUUCCCCCAAAUGGGCGACGAGCUGGUGUAUUUCCCUCAAGGUCACCAUUUGUAUUUGGACGCGGUGCGCACGAAGAAGAUCUACGAAAUUAAUAGUAAGACGUUGCCGUGGACGAAGCUGCAGCUGAGGAGUCACGAGUACGUUAAAGUGGUGGGGAUCCAAUACGAGGUGAAGCCGGCGCGCCUGUGCAACUUGCGAUUGGCGCUGCUGGACGACGAUGGGCGGCUCAAUGGGCGGAUCUUCUCGGUGAGGUACCACGACAUGCCCGACGUUUUAGAUUUUUUUGUGCUGAAGCAGAAUUUUGACACGGCGAUGUCGAGAAACUGGAAGGAGGGGGACGGGUUUAGAUGUAUGAUUGACGACGGCUGGUGGAUCGGCGAGAUCGUGGCCAAAAGCACAGCUAGUGAAGACUUCCCCAACUCCCCGUUUCUUUGUUACGAAAUCAAGUGGGACAACGGAGAGCUGGAACGGAUGAGUCCUUGGGACAUGGAACCGCUAGACGACAACAGGGUUCCGGAAAACUCGGGCGAAGCUCUCCCAGUCCUCGAGGAAGAAAUCCAAAGCAUUUUGUACCAACCUACGGCGGACGAUUGGCCCAACAACGACCGCGAAUCCGUCACCAACUACAUCCUCCAAGGUCUCGCAAAAGUAAUGGAAUUGGCAAUCGCCGAACCUUUUCUAGUCCCCGUAGAUCUCAACGCAUACCCCACUUAUGUUCUGAUAGUUGCAUACCCCAUCGAUCUUUCUACAAUCAAAGCUCGUUUCGAAAAUCGAUUUUAUAGACGAGUGACAGCUGCUCAAUUCGACAUACGCCAUCUAGCGACGAAUGCCGAAAAGUUCAACGAACGUCACAGCGUCAUAGUCAAGCACGCCAGAAUAUUAACGGAGUUGGGUUUGAGGAUUAUUAAACAAUGUACCACUCACCUGGACGUCACUGCCGUGUACCACCAGUUGGUGGAUACUUACGAUUCCACCGAUACGGAGGUGGAUGUCGAAAUACUGCCAUCUAGUAGUAGAAUGCUGAGAUCUUUGCCGACGCGAUACUUACGUCACGCCAGCGACUGGAAAUCCGAAGCGAAAAUCCUGUUCGACGCCAUUUGGAACUGCGAGGAUUCCGUGCCUUUUAGGAUGCCUGUGAAUAACUUAAAAUAUACAGAUUACCAUGACGUCAUUGAGGCGCCAAUGGAUCUCAGUACCGUGAAAGACAAACUCUUUAACGACAAGUACGAGACUCCCAACGAGUUCUACAACGACAUGAGACUCAUUUUCCAGAACUCGAGGACCUACAACACCAAUAAGCGUUCACGGAUUUUUGUGAUGACGGUCCGCCUGGCCGCCGUCUUCGAAGAACACAUCACCAAACUCAUCAGGAACUGGAAAAUGGCGAAACGAAGAAGUUACGCGACUCAGAACAACAAGCAAGAGGAAAGUGGGACGACGUCGUGUUCGUCUUCGUCCGAGUUGAGCGAAAUCGAAGAAAUAAAAAAUGGGGUGAACGAACAAAGCGAAGAUAGUGACAGCGAAGACGACAAUACGCCGUUGAAGAAACUGCAGGCUCGGGUUCCGAAGGUGGUGUCUGAAGAGAGUGACGAUAGUUCGCAGUCGAGUCCGAGUGUGAAGAAUGAGGAAAGCGACGAGUCGGAGGAUUCUGAAGACAGUUAUAAACCGACGUUGAGGAACACAAGGAAGAGGAAUAGGUUGUCGUCCUCGGAGGAGGAUGAAGAUGACUCGAGUGAUAAUAGUGACGAUGAUAAACCCUUGAGUUCACACAGGUACAGCGGAAGGGCUAGGAAAAGGUUAAAAACUUACUCAGGGAGGAGGCGAGUUACUGGCGAUAGUGAUAAUUCGGACGAAGACAAGACUGAAUUUCUUACGAGUGUUAGUAGUAGAGGACGAGUGCGAAAGUUGAAUCCACGUGUCACUGCCUUAAUGAAGAAAUAGCAGUAUUUGUUAAGUUGAGAUGUAAAUGUGCAUUUUAUAUUUAUUUACGUAAAUACAUGUUUUUAUAUAU